GUCAUCGCUGCCGGGUGCCCAACCCCUUCAGAUUUCCCAAGGUCAUGUCCGUGGCCGCGCAAACCAUCGCAGAGCUGCCGGAGAAAACUCGGCGAGUUCUGGUGGUGCUUGCAACCACACCAGAGAAGGGAAGGGCACCCAAGAGCAUCUACGGCCUGAAUCUUGUGCUGGGUCAGCUGAACUUCCGCUUGGCAGAAUAUGGCAGGUACGAGGUCCUGACCUGCAAUGAAGCCAUCGACAAUGCUGCGACGUUGUGGGCGCCGGAAGGGGCAGAGAAGCGCUUGCAGCCUGCUGGUCGUUGCCAAGUGGUCGUUGCCAGUUGUGAGGCCAUUCGAGGAAUCCACUUGGACAAUAUCGAUGCCGUGGUUUUGGUCGGCGACCCCAUGAGUGUCGGGGACUAUCAGCACUGUGCGGGGCGUACCUGUCGCUACCAGCCAGGAUCGUCCGAGCCAGUGGAGGGCAUGGUGGUGUCCAUUGUGCCAGACCAAGCGGCCACACGCAUGCUGCAUUGGGGAAACCUGAGUGGUUUCAAGCUGGUGGAGGUUCCUUUGAACAAACAUCUCACCACCGGAGAGCGGCUGAAGAACCGCAACGAUAGGGAGCUUGAGGAGUUGUCGGCCGAGGAGCUGUCUGAGGACGAACUCUUUGUGGAUGAGUUCAUGAGAGCCUCGGAGGCACAGCUGGAUGACUUAGAGAGGCGGAUGUAAGUGCGACGCAGAAAUUGGCUUCAUGGGAUGAUCGUCUCACUUUUCAGUCGCCACGAAGCCGCGUGCCACGAAGUCGCUGUGAUGGAGCAUGGCACAAUCACCACUUGAGCC